AUGGCUGGUGAAGUUAUUGUUGAUGCUCUUCCUUAUAUUGAUCAAGGGUAUGAUGAACCAGGCAUCCGUGAAGCUGCGAUCAGCAUGGUGGAAGACGAAAAACGUCGUUACAGACCGUCGAAAAAUUAUCUCGAACAUUUACCGCCACUCAAUGUAUCAGCAUUUGAAACAGAAAUGAUGCGCACAGAGUUUGACAGACUUCAGCAGCGUUUGCCUAUGGAAACAAUGAGUAUGAAACGUUAUGAGCUACCUCCACCGCCAGCUGGAAAACUCACGGAUAUGUCUGCUUGGAAUGAAUGUUUAGAAAACUCAAUGGCUCAACUUGAACAUCAAGCUACAAGAAUUACAAACUUAGAACUGAUGAUGGAUUAUGGAACAGAAGCCUGGAAAUCUUAUUUGGAAAUCCUAGUGAAAUGUGUUGCUGCUGCACAGACACAAGUGACUAAAUUGAAAAAACAAAUUCAAGAAGUAAAUUUCCAACGAAAGAAUGUACAGAUGCAAGUUGGCGAAAAAUUAAGAGAUUUAGAAGCUAAUUGGGUGGGAUUGGUGAGCAAGAAUUAUGAAAUCGAAUUAGCAUGUGCUCAUUUGGAAAAACAAAUAAGAGCAUAUGAAUUAGCCAAAACAGAAAAAAUGGAUACAGAUUAAAAAUUUCAUCUUAACUUUUUUCGUAAUUAUGUAUAAAGUAUUUAAAAACAUUUAAGGUAUAAGAAUAAGUAAAAACAACAUUCUCAUGUAUUAUUUUUUCACAAUUUUAUAUUUCACGUAAAAAAAGUAUAAAAAAUGUGUAUUAUAAAAUAAAGCAUUUAGCCUACAUCAAACUUAUUAACUAUAUUGAAAAAACACAUAAAAAAAUUUGAGUAUCAAAUAUGUUUGAUAGUCAUACUAUCAUGAUAAAUUGCACUAGGUAUGUAUGGAAGCCAGUCAAAAAGCAGACAAUAAAAAUGCCAAUUAUGAAAACAUUGAAAAUAAUGAAAUAUUGACAAACUAAAAUAAAUAUUGAUAAAUUAAAAUGUAUUUAAACUAAU